UUUCAGAACGUGUCCCAUCCAAAAUGGGCAGCCCCAUCAUGACAGUCCGCACGUGCCGCCGCGUCGUGCAAGUUGUGACCGUCAUGAGCAUGCUCGUGGGCUGCGCUAUUGCGUACUUUGGCAUUGUCGUAGCGUCUUCCAUGUCGUCGACAGCCGAGUCGUCGUCGUCUGUGACGGCAGUGAUGCUGGCAACGUGUGGGAUCGUGUACGUUGCAGUGAGCAUGGUUGGCUUCUGCGGCGUGUUGGCGACCAAGGAGCGGUUGCAGUUUCUCAUGAUCUACUUCUACGCAACGUUACUUGUGUCCGUCGUGUUCCUCGUGUUCACGUACAUGGCCCUUGUCGCGCCGUCCUCGAUUGUAACGUGGCUGAAGCUCCACUGGUCGACACUGCCUCUCCGUCAUCGUCCAUGCUGCCGCACCUUUGACAAUGCACGCGCGUAUGAGCCGACAGGUACACCAUGCACUCUCACACGUCCAUCGCGUAGGUUCGUAUCGACGCGGUACUCGAUGCUUGGUGUGUUGGGCGCUGCAGGCAUCGCCAGCCUCGUCAUGACUCUCGUCUGCAUUGUCAAGAUCGCGUCAGUGCCAGUCGUGAUGCGCCACAUGCUCAGCGUUGUAAACGCAAUGUUCAUCGUUGCAGCCACAGUGGCCAUUGUGUACGGGCUGCACGCCAAGGGGUAUGACGCGCUCGACGGUGGUUGGGACUGGCUCGCUUGGCUGCUCGUUGGCGUCGGCAUCGCGAUGUUUGUGCUCGCGCUGUUUGGGUUUGCUGGCUCCCGAAUCAAGAGCCGAUCGCUGCUACUAGUGGAUGCCCUCAUGCCGUGGUUGACAUGGUUUUUGAGCGCAUACGCGGCAGGGCUGGCAUGGACGCUGAUCGUCCUGUGUGUGGGAGCUACGAGCGCGUUCUACUACGCUACAUCGCACGUGAAUUCGUGGACGGAGGCCGUGGGGGCGGGGGACGUGGCGUGCUCUGGGCAUCUUUACGGGUGCUCCAACUGCACCACCAUGCUCCCUUGUCCAGGGGUGUACGAGGCAUCGCCAGGUCGGUGGGCCACCGAUUGCAAUGCUGUCGUCCGUCAAGACGAUUCGUUCCAAACCCCGUGCGACGUGGCCAAAACGUUGGUUGCGAACCCUGCAUCAUCCACGGCGUUUGACGUCGUGCCUUGUGGCAAGUGCCCCGAGUGGAACGUUGCGGACGUCCAGGCGUUUGUCGGGGCAAGCUUGCAUCUUGUCGGGAUUUUGGCCAUCAUGAUGUCGUGCUGUGUGGCGGUAGCGCUGGCAGGUGCGUUGGUGCUGCGGCGCAGCCUCGCACGCUACCAAACCGAGUCGAUUUAACAAAUACGCCACACGUUUCCA